CUCUCUGAACUUCCCUCCAUGGCGAACCCCGUCGAUCCAAGCUCUGGCUUUUGCCCUCAAACCAGAACAUUCCAUAGUCUUCGUCCUGACGUCCCUCUCCCUCCUCCCUCUCAACCUCUCCACAUCACCGACUACGCUCUCUCUCUCAUUCCUCCCACCGCUUCUUCCACCACAGUCCUCAUCGACUCCACCACCGACCGCCGUAUCUCCUACUCCCUCUUUCUUCAACAAAUCAAAAACCUCGCUUCCUCCCUCGCUUCCCUUACCCCUCUUUCCAAAGGCCACGUCGCGUUCAUUCUCUCCCCUGCUUCUCUACACAUCCCAGUUCUUUACUACUCCCUCCUGUCUUUAGGAGUCACCAUCUCACCCGCCAACCCUAUCGGCUCUGAUUCGGAGGUCGCUCACCAGGUUGAGCUCGCUCAACCUGUCAUCGCAUUCGCUACCUCCUCCACUGCUCAUAAGAUCCCCAAGCUUCGAUACGGUACCGUCAUAAUUGACUCGCCUCAGUUCCUUUCCAUGAUCAAUGGAACUUCCGGAAUUGGUAAUGCUGAUGACAGGGGCGUCCGAAGAGUUCAGAUGAGCCAAUCGGAGCCGGCGGCGAUUCUCUUCUCGUCUGGAACAACCGGAAGAGUGAAAGGCGUGUUAUUGACUCACAGGAAUUUGAUUGCCCUCAUUGGGGGAUUUUACCACCUGAGGCACCUGAUGGAUUCGCAAGAGAAUGAAUCCGAUCCGGUGUCGCUAUUCACGCUGCCACUUUUCCACGUGUUCGGGUUCUUCAUGCUGAUUAGGGCGAUAUAUGGGGAGACUCUGGUUUUGAUGCAUAGGUUCGAUUUCGAAGGGAUGUUAAGAGCGGUAGAAAGGUACAAGAUUUCGUACAUGCCAGUUUCCCCGCCGCUCAUUGUGGCGCUGGCUAAGUCCGAGUUAGUGAACAAGUACGACCUUAGCUCGCUGAAGUUGCUAGGAUGCGGCGGGGCGCCGCUUGGCAAGGAGGUGGCCGAGAACUUCAGCGCCAGAUUCCCUGACGUGGAAAUAGUGCAGGGGUAUGGUCUGACUGAAAGUGGAGGUGGGGCAACGAGAAUGAUAGGAUCUGAAGAGGCUAAGCGACAUGGCUCUGUAGGUCGACUUGCAGAGAAUAUGGAAGCCAAGAUUGUGGAUCCCGUGACCGGAGAGUCAUUGCCUCCUGGUCAGAAAGGCGAGCUAUGGUUGAAAGGUCCAACAAUAAUGAAAGGUUAUGUAAAAAAUGAGGAAGCAACGGCUGAGACAUUGGAUGCGGAGGGGUGGCUCAAGACUGGAGAUCUUUGUUAUUUUGAUUCUGAUGGCUUCCUCUACAUUGUAGACAGGCUUAAGGAAUUGAUCAAAUACAAAGCAUAUCAGGUUCCUCCAGCUGAACUGGAACAUGUACUUCACACACACCCUGAAAUUGCUGAUGCUGCCGUAAUUCCGUACCCUGAUGAAGAGGCAGGGCAGAUUCCAAUGGCCUUUGUGGUAAGAAAGCCUGGAAGCAAUAUCAACGCAGAUCAGGUUAUGGACUUUGUGGCAAAGCAGGUUGCGCCGUACAAGAAGGUACGACGUGUAGCUUUCAUUAAUGCCAUCCCCAAGAAUCCGGCUGGCAAAAUUUUGAGAAGAGAAUUAGUCAAUUCUGUGCUAUCAAGUGGUUCUUCCAAAUUGUAAUUGACAUGGCUCAUUUUCUUUAUGUGAACUCCCUUGUUAUAUUUUGCUAGAAAUUGCAGAAUGUUAUUCAAAACCGAGAAAAAGUUGUACAGCUAUAUAUUAUGGUACAUGAUGGUCAAAAGGUUUUCACCCUCAUAUUUCUUGGA